AAUCGAAAUCGAUUUCCCAUUCACUACAUCAAAAGCCUGAAAGCCUGUGAUAAAAGAUUAAAAUUAAUAUAUUAGCGAUUAAAAUUGCAAAUUCUACCAAUUAAAAUGUCAGGCUUUGACGACAACCCCUUUGGUGAGCCAAACGUGGACAAUCCUUUUGCGGAUCCAGCCAUACAGCAAGCCACACGCACAACAACCAAUGUGCAGAAUUCAUUGGAGGACUAUAAUCCAUUUGAACAGGAGCAAAACAAGCCUCAGCUACAAAUCAACUCUUCAAUAAAUUCCAAUGCUGCUGUAGUCCAACCACUAUCGCAAAAUAUUCAGCCAGCGCAACAGCGCGCCCCCGCAGCCACACCUAGCACCAGCAUCCAAAUAACAACAGAAGAAUUACAGCGCCGACAAGAAGAAUUAGAUAGAAAAGCGGCUGAGUUGGACAGACGAGAACAACAAUUACAUGGAAAUGUGCCACAGUUGAAUAAUUGGCCUCCAUUACCAGACAAUUUCUGUGUUAAGCCAUGUUUUUACCAAGAUUUCAAUUUAGAAAUCCCUCCAGAAUUUCAAAGACUUGUAAAACAUUUGUAUUACACAUGGAUGUUUUAUACGUUGACCAUGUGCGUUAAUAUCUUAGGUGGUCUCGCCCUUCUCAUACACACCGGUGACUUUACCAACUUUGGACUGUCUAUAUUUUAUACUUUGCUGUUUACGCCUGCAUCGUAUAUAUGCUGGUUCCGGCCAGCCUACAAAGCGUUUCGCAACGAUUCAAGCUUUAACUUCAUGGUUUUCUUCUUUGUUUAUUUCUUCCAAACUAUAUUUUCGGUUUUCCAAGCCAUUGGUUUUAACAAAACUGGCUAUUGCGGUUUCAUUGUAGCCAUAUCGCAGUUUGGCUCAUCGGCAGCCGAUAUUUUUGUCGGUUUAAUUUUGCUCUGCAUUGCCUUCUGUUUUGCUGUAACUGCCGCAGCCAAUAUAAUGAUGAUUACCAAGAUUCAUUCAAUAUAUCGUAGCUCCGGCGCCAGCAUGGCUAAAGCUCAGGCUGAGUUUGCAACAGAAUUUAUGCGUAAUCAACAUGUGCAGGAAGCCACAACAAAUGUCGUCAAUAACGCCAUUAAUUCACAGUUCAAUAAUCGCCGGUAUUAAACUGUUUAACAAUUGGGAAAGAGAGAACGAAAGAGAGAGAGAAAGAGUGAUGAUAGACGUCCAUGUAUGCGAAAGAAUUGAAGAGAUAAUGAACACACGCCCCUUAAGGUUACAUUACAGACAGACGCCUUGCAAUUAACACAAUAAUAAAAAUCUAAUAAUAAUAACACUAUAAACGAAAGGAACAAAAAAAGUUUAAUGUCAAUAAUGAAGCGUGGGAGAUAAAAAGAUAAUGAAACAAAAAACUUCAUAAAUUUAAUACUAAUGAUCAAUGAUAAAUAUGUAUGUGAAUGGUGGCGCGAACUCCGUUGAGAUAUGCUUUUUUCUGUUUGGUAUAUAUGUUCAAGUUUUGUUCUGUUCAGUUACUUAUAUGAUUAUUAUUAUUGUAAUUAUUGUAUUACUAUUAUGUAUUACAUAUAUACUUCUAUAUAAAUUACAUGCAAACAUAUGACAUACAUAAUUACUCCUUAUUGCUAAUGUAAGUAUUUCUUUGCAAAUGAGAUAUCUAGAUAAAGAGAUUUAGGGAUGUAAGUGUUCUCAAUCACUAAUAAAAACACAUACACACAUACAUUCACUAAGAAUAAAACACCAACCAACCAGGAACAACAACAACAACAUCAACAUACACAUAUGCUCUCGCUCACAUUCUAUUAUAGUACAGGUAUACAUAUAAAAAUGUGAACGAACGUCCAUUGCAUUGUAAAAGUAAAAGUAUAUUAUUAUAAACACAAGUUUUAAACAUCUACAUAUACCCCAAAUCCCCUACCUACCUACCUACCUACCUAUCUACCUAUGAGUAUAUUUCAAAACAUUCAAAAUGAAUCUAUCUAAUGAUCUUGUGUAGUACCGUCGUAUUCCCUUUUUUCCUUUAUUGCGCUGUUCCUCACCAGCAGUGCAAGUAAUAUAUGGAAAAAACAAUUGAUUUUAUUAUUACUUUACUUACUAUUAUUUUGUUAUCUACAUAUAUAUGUAAGACAUCUUAUGUAAUAAACACUAUGUAUGUAUACAUCAAAA